UCGAUUCAUUUUCACUGUACCUUACCUUGCCUUGCCUUUCCUUAUGAAUUUGUCCCCUUGCUCGUCUUUGUAACCCAACCCGACGCAUCACAUCCUUUCCUCACCACUUGUGUGUCCCUGUGUAUCCACGUCCAUCUUCUUGGCUGUUCCCGUCUUUAUCUUCCAAAUUUGCCCUCCACGUUUGGCUACCUCCAAUUGCUGUUUAUUGACACGGAGAAAAGAUGUUGGUCGAGCGAAAAAUCAAAGUUGUCACCGAGCAACAUGUCAUCGACAAGCCAUCACCCGUAGAGGCGUUCCCUAUGCGAGAAUGGAGCUUGAAGGUCUUCUUGCUAGAUGAAGAUGGCAACGAGCGCCCCGCAGACGUCUUCACCAAGGUCGUCUAUAACCUACACCCUACCUUUGAUAAUCCCGUUCAGAGCUUCCAGAAAGCACCCUUCACGUGUAAGAACGAGGGCUGGGGCGAGUUCGAGAUUAGCAUCGACUGUUACACCACGGAGAAGACCAAGCUAGCGCCCAUCAUUCAUGAUCUCAACUUUCAACAGGACCGAUAUGAGCAGACGCAUACUGUGGUCUUCAAAAACCCUUCACAGAACUUACAGGAGCGCUUGCGUGAAACUGGUCCUCUUCCCACCGAUGACGACCACAGACCCAAGAAGAAGGGAAUUGCGACCAAGAAGAGCUCCCAGAAGUACGACUAUGAGAAGAUUGCAGAGUCCCUAGAGAAGCUCGAGGAGGAGGAUCUGCUGCGCGUGAUUCAGAUUAUCAACGAAAACAAGGGACCAGACACGUACAUUAGAAGUGAUGUCGAAGCCGGAGAGUUCUCGAUUGAUCUCUACACUAUGCCGGAUGGCUUGACGUCGAAGCUUUGGGAUCACCUUUCCAAGAAGGGCCUUGUCGGUUAGAUGUCCAAGUAGUCGUAUCCGAUUGUUAAUACUUCUAAUGUUAUUCCGUCGACAAAAUAGGUCUAUAGUUUGUGCUUGGGAGUUGCUGAAGCAUCUGGAUUUAGGAAAAUGACGAGUUAAUGAGCACGGAGGGGACGGACCAGAAAGGGAAAGGGAACCAAAAAGAUGUAUCUGACCUUUUUUUUUCUUUAACUAUGUGUUCCAACGGAGUAAUCGCCUACAGUAUCACCUCAUUGAAAGUUCUGUAUCAU